AUUGGGAGGGAGGGAGAGCGGGGACCUGAACUAGCCAGCCGUGCUGGCCCAGAGUCCCCCUCCAAUCCCCGAGCGGGAACUCGGCGGCCACUUCCCUGCCGCUUCGCCCCGCGGCAAGGCGCCAGUUCGCCUGCGCAGCAAUCCUGGCCCGCCCGCUCCGCUGGAGACCACGCCUCUGUCCCCAAAUGGGCGGAGGCCGCGGGGCGGGGCGGGCCGCGGCCCGGGAGUCCGAGCUCGAGCCCCCGCUCCAGGCCAGCACCAGAGGGAUCCCCGGCCGGAGCGGGAGGCCCGUGCAGUCCGGGUUCCCGUGCUCGCGCGGCGCCCAGCGUCCGAGUCCUGCCCGAGCGGCGGCGGCGCGGCAGGUACCUCAGGAGCCACCCACGUGCCCGCCUCGCUCUCUGCUGCCUUGUGUCGCCCCCCCCUGCUGGGGCAGCAGCCACCAUGUUCUCGUGUGUGAAGCCCUACGAGGACCAGAACUAUUCUGCCCUGAAGCGGGCCUGUCUGCGGAGGAAGGUGCUCUUCGAGGACCCCAACUUCCCGGCCACCGAUGACUCGCUGUACUAUCAGGGCUCCCCGGGCCCCACGGUCAGGUGGAAGCGGCCCAAGGACAUCUGUGAGGACCCCCGCCUCUUUGUGGACGGCAUCAGCUCCCACGACCUGCACCAGGGCCAAGUGGGCAACUGCUGGUUUGUGGCAGCCUGCUCGUCGCUGGCCUCCCGGGAGUCGCUGUGGCAGAAGGUCAUCCCAGACUGGAAGGAGCAGGAGUGGGACCCUGAGAAACCCAAUGCCUAUGCAGGCAUCUUCCACUUCCAUUUCUGGCGCUUCGGGGAGUGGGUGGACGUGGUCAUCGAUGACCGGCUGCCCACGGUCAACAACCAGCUCAUCUACUGCCAUUCCAGCUCCCGCAACGAGUUCUGGUGUGCCCUCGUGGAGAAGGCCUAUGCCAAGCUGGCGGGCUGUUACCAGGCCCUGGAUGGAGGCAACACUGCAGAUGCGUUGGUGGACUUCACAGGUGGUGUGUCUGAGCCCAUCGACCUGACCGAGGGUGGCUUCGCCCACGAUGAGGCCAAGAGGAACCAGCUCUUUGAACGUGUGUUGAAGGUGCACAGCCGGGGAGGCCUCAUCAGUGCCUCCAUCAAGGCAGUGACAGCAGCAGACAUGGAGGCCCGCCUGGCGUGUGGCCUGGUGAAGGGCCACGCAUAUGCCAUCACUGACGUGCGCAAGGUGCGCCUGGGCCACGGCCUGCUGGCCUUCUUCAAGUCGGAGAAGCUCGACAUGAUCCGCCUGCGGAACCCCUGGGGCGAGCGGGAAUGGAAUGGGCCGUGGAGUGACACCUCGGAGGAGUGGCAGAAAGUGAGCAAGAGUGAGCGGGAAAAGAUGGGUGUGACCGUGCAGGACGACGGGGAGUUCUGGAUGACCUUCGAGGACAUGUGCCGAUACUUCACCGACAUCAUCAAGUGUCGCCUGAUCAACACAUCUUACCUGAGUGUCCACAAGACGUGGGAGGAGGCCCGGCUCCGGGGUGCCUGGACGAGGCACGAGGACCCCCAGAAGAACCGCAGUGGAGGUUGCAUCAAUCAUAAGAACACCUUCUUCCAGAACCCACAAUACAUCUUUGAUGUCAAGAAGCCAGAAGAUGAAGUCCUGAUCUGUAUCCAGCAGCGGCCGAAACAGUCCACCCGCCGGGAUGGCAAGGGUGAAAAUCUGGCCAUUGGCUUUGAUAUCUACAAGGUGGAGGAGAACCGGCAGUACCGCAUGCACAGCCUGCAGCACCGGGCUGCCAGCUCCAUCUACAUCAACUCACGCAGUGUCUUCCUGCGGACCGACCAGCCCGAGGGCCGCUUUGUCAUCAUCCCCACCACCUUCGAGCCUGGCCACACUGGCGAGUUCCUGCUUCGGGUCUUCACUGACGUGCCCUCCAACUGCCAGGAGCUGCGCCUGGAUGAGCCCCCUCGCUCCUGCUGGAGCUCCUUGUGUGGCUACCCCCAGCAGGUGACCCAGGUGCACGUCCUAGGGGCUGCUGGUCUCAAGGACUCCUCGACAGGAGCCAACUCUUAUGUGAUCAUUAAGUGUGAGGGGGACAAAGUCCGCUCGGCCGUGCAGAAAGGUACCUCAACGCCUGAGUAUGAUGUGAAAGGCAUCUUCUACCGCAAGAAGCCGGGCCAGCCCAUCACAGUCCAGAUCUGGAACCACCGAGUCCUGAAAGACGAAUUCUUGGGCCAGGUGCAGCUGAAGGCUGACCCCGAUGACCUCCAGGCCCUGCACACCCUCCACCUCCGGGACCGCAACAGCCGCCAGCCCAGCGACCUGCCUGGCACCGUCGCCGUGCGUGUCUUCAGCAGCACCUCCCUCAUGGCUGUCUGACACCCACCCACCCACCUGGCUGCCACAGUUUUAAACCAUCUGCAUGUCCCCAACCUGGCCAGGGACUCGCCUGAGAGCCAGGACGCUGGGGGCCUCUUCCCAGCUUUUCCACUGACUUGCUGUGUGACCUGGGGAGGCCUCUGCCCUUCUCAGGGCCUGUGUCCCAAGGGCCCCGAAGUAUUCCCUUCUCAUGGAGGAGCCUUCCUGCCUGAGAUUUAUAAUCACACCCCUUACCCCAGCUGUCACUACUGCUAAGGGAUUCUAUCCGUUGAAAACAUUUUCCCAAGGCCCUGCUGUCUGCCGACGGAGUGCCAAGAUGUCACUUGUUUACACACAAUCUGCCACCUCCCCGAACCCCACUCUUGCCCCUGUUGUCCCUGGGCCCGCCCCUGUGAACCAGAUCUUGCUUUCUCUGUCCCCUACACCUGGUUUGCUAGCCACCUUGAAAGGGCUCUUGGCUCUUGCUGGGUUCCUGCUUGGGCUGGAGUCAGGAAAAUGGGCAGGUGACAUUUGUUCGUUCUCUCAUCCUAUUCACUUGCCUGUCCAUUUAUUUAUUCAACAGAGGUUUGCCAAAUGAAUAAAUGACACCCAUGAGAGUCCCAGUGGUGCCGGCCACCUCCCUACCACUCUGGGAGACCCGGCAUCUGUGUGGGGCCUCACUCCUGCUCUCAGGUCCUCUCCGAGGUGGAUACCCACAUGCCCAGAGGAGCUACUGUGGCUGCCAUCUUGCCCCAGGCUCUGAUUGCUCUCCUAGUCUCUGGGUGAAGCCCCCUAGUGGGAUGGCAUCAGUGGUUGUGGGAGGAAGGGAAUUUUCCUGCCUCUGUUGCCUUCAUGCCAGAAGGCGUGUGCUUGGUUUGGUGGCCAGGAGGAUGUGAGGAGGCCUGGGGACCUGAAGGCUCCUCUCUGGUGCAAGACUUUUCCUAGGAGGAGGGACCCUGGGGCAGUGGUCUCAGGCCCACUGGGCUCAGGUCACUUGUUGGGCUUGGAAGGAGACAGGUGAAUCCAUCAUCUGACCAGAGGCCGCUCUCCCAAAAAUUCCCCCCCAGAAUGCAGCCCAAUGAGCUAUGGCCCUCCUCUUGCUGCCUGGACCAAAAUGUUCCUUUAGUCUUCAAUGUUUUAUAUUCUUCAUGUGUUACCAAUUUCAACCAGGGGCUUUGAAAGGAAAACAAAGCCUGAGCCCCUUUAUUCAUCUUCAGCUCCAGCUCCUGUGGUCCUCUGAUUUUUAAUUUUGAUUCUGCCGGGGUGGGCGGGGUAUAUAGGGAUGAGGAGAAGUCCUGCCUUCUCAGACGAGGCCCACGGUGGGGGGGAGGGGUGGUGAAGGAGAGGGUGUUUCCUACUUGGAUGUGUUGCCAGCUGGCCCCACCCAGUUCUUGGUGAGUGUUGGUGCCACAACCUGCUUGGGUCCCUUCUGUGCCCUUCUCUGGCUCCAGACAGGGGGACGUAAAUGAAAAACCCAGUUGGUUCAAGAACAGGAAUUCCUGUGGCCUUGCUGGGGAUUUGUGGCUGGCUCUGUUCCUGUGCCCUGGCGCCCUUCCACAGGACGGGCUGGGAAGCGAACCAGGAGGCCAAGAGGAUUCCUUCUUGAAAAGCUGGGACUUCCCCUGCAGAACCUGGGCCUGGGGCUGGGCCAGGACCACAUGACCAGGAGCAAGUCACUGAAACCACCUGUGCCUCAAUUUCCCUUCUGCGAAGUGGGGCCCACGGUUCUUGUUUGCCGGCACUCUUACUACCGUGUGCUGAGUAAGGGCACAUCCUUCAUGUAUCUCUGUAUGCGAGCACACCAUACACCUUCACGGAGUCACUCAGUGUCUUUUCCAAGUGAAGACUCCCGAGUUGGGGCGGAGAGGUGAGGGCCAGAUAAGCCAGCUUGGGGCCCCUGGGGCCAAUACCCAGGUCUUUGCUCUGCCAUGUGCACCUGGGCUAGGAGGCAAACCGGGAGCAACUGGCUGGCCUGUGUGGGCUUCAGUCUGGGGACUGGGCACUGCCUUCCCCUUUCCCCCAAGAAAAACCAGGUUUGGCAGCCCUGCCCCUACUUGCUGCCCUCAGUGGUCCAGCCUGGCUCCUGGCUGUGCAAAGGUGCCCGGUCCCUGGGCAGGUGAGGAUGGCGUUCUUCCUGCUGGGACUGGAAGGUGGGUGGGGAGAGCAAAUGCUCCAUGCUCCCGAUGCGCCCUUCAGCCCGUGGGGGGCCUCGGGGUCCCCACUUGCCGCUGGGCAGGGCUUCCGGUCAUACCACCUGGAUGUGGUCUUCACUCCCCUCAGGACCGACCGUGGGGUCAAGAGUGGAGACCUUUUCUGUUCUCAGAAUAAACAUUAACCACAAUCCCA